AUGGCUCCGCAGAAUGGCACACCGGGCUCUGCCCGUGAUCCCAAGAAACGCAAAGCAGGCUCCGAGGCACUCUCUGCGCGCAGCGACCGAUUCCAGCAGAAGCGUCAAGAGCGCCAUGUCGCACGGUCCAUUCCCGCACAGCCAGCCGAAGCUGGGUUGAAAGAUGGCGAGCUUGAUUUGCAGGCCUUCGUGGCCGCUCACGAAUUUGAGAUUCGUGCACUGGAGCAAAGCAUGGCCAUGUCCAAGGUAAUUGGCACCAGUCGCGCGUUUCAGAAGCUACCUCGCGGCUUGCGGCGUCGCACCGCCAGCCAUAACCCCAAGCGUGUCCCGAAGCGAUUGAGGGCCAGGGCGAUGAAAGAGAUGGCUGAAGAUAAUACCCCGACAGUCGAAUCCCGCAGAAGAGCUCCGAGAACGACGAGAGCACGCAUCCGAGCAGAGACAGCGAAGAAGCUUGGCAUCCUGGCUGCCAGGCAGAAAAGAAAAAGGUCGGGGGAGCAGCAUGCAAGCAAUUCUGGAGAGACAUCUACAGGAGUGGAUAAGGCAGAGGGAACUCGGCGUAGACCGAAGCUUCGAACGAACCUCCUCAAUGAUCCUCCGAAACCACCUUCGAAAUUCAGAAAACGGCAAUUGAAUAAGACGUGGCUCCCUACACAUGCUUGGCAUGCAAAGCGUGCUAGGAUGACGGAGCCUAAAAAUCCCCUAUGGCGAUUCGCGCUGCCAUUAACACCAAACGAAAAGAUCUAUAGGCCUGUACAUCGGAUGCAGGGCGAUAGGGGGGCUGUGUUCUGGGAUAUGUCAUAUAUCAGCACGAUAAGUCUUUCUGGUAACACGAAGGGCCUUCAAAGAACAAUGGAGCGGAUGGGAGUGUCACAUGAAAGCUGCUGGAGUGACAGAGGCCAGAAAUGGAGGAUAGGCACUCGGUCAUGGUCUGGCCAGCUAAGCAGGGAGACGAAAAGUGGCAGACGAUGCAUCUGUCCAGCAACGGUUAUUUGGAAUCCCGCUGAAAAGUCGCAUACAUCCGAAGAGUCGAAAGAGCAUAAAAGAGAAUUGAUCCUGAGAAUACACCCUUCAGCCUUUCUGGAAACCUUCACGGAAUUGCUCCGCCUCGCCAAAAUGGAAACACCUCAGCUUUCAGUUCACGAUUUGCGAUACGAGGUUGGCAGUGUUGAGAUCACCGGACCUGCCUCGACGGAAACUCUUAUGUCUAUCUUGACCCCAAGACAUAAAAGAGAAGAACCGAAGAUGAAACAUGCGGAACUUUUUCAAGGAUUGCAUGGUGUGACUAACCCAGCAUCUUUACCAGCCCAAGCUAUUCUGGGAUUCAAUGUGCAGGAUCCUCGUCUGAGAUACCCCCCCAAGAAAGCGAAAUCGGCAAACAGCGAGGAAGAGAGGGAGGAAGAGGAGAUAAAAAUGUUAGAGCUUCUCGCCUCCUGGCCUGCUGAGGAUAACGUCCAGCCCUACGACAUCUUUGACCGAGAUCAACGCCACAAAGCAUCAUGCUUACCUCCGCAAAAGCUUCUUCAGAAACGGAGAAGUUCUACUGCCCCUGGGGCAGUUCUGAAGCCUGUGGAGUCCGACCCUUCGAUUCCUAUCCUGCUCAUUUCUGGUCGCUCGGGACCAAGCAGGCAGGCUCAAGGCACCUGGACUCUUCUUGCACCUUGGGGCUGCAUCCUACCAUUCUGGUACUCGCUGGUUCACUACCCUCUCUCUUCUGGAGGGAACCCUCGUUUUGCUGGUCUAAACGAGGCUAAACAAGUCGCGUUUGAGCGCGGACUACCUUUCUUCCCUUCCGACUUUCUUACCACAAACGCUGGCGUGACAUGGGAGCUAGAGCAGCGGCAACUGAGAAAGAAAGCGUGGGAGAAACGACCCAAGAGCAAAAGAACGGAGUGGGACUCGCUAGAGCUUGGUGCGGGGAGAAAGGGCGAAGUUGGGAAUGGUAUGGCCUGCGAUUUUGAAUACCUCUUUAGUUUGCACCGGCGUCUCGGAGAACCAGACUCAGAGACAUCAGAUGCUAUGGACAUCGAUGUCGAAAGUGCCACCAAAGCCACAGGGGAGCUAGAAUCAAACCCCCUGUCUCAGCUCACCCCUAUUGACAAGUCAACGUUCUCCCAACUUGUCAAAUCUCAACAAUUGGACUCAGCUCCUGGGAGUAGUGUCCUGACUGUACGGCUAUGCUUUCUCACAAGGGGUGUUGCCAGAUCUUGUGCAAGAAUCUACCGACUUCCUAGAAAGCCUAUACUCACCCCUCCUUCUCCCAACGCCGAGGUCCCAGCCACAGACCCAUCUCCACUUCCUUCUUCUUCUUCUGCUUUACCUUCAGCCCUUCGAGACCAGUGGCUGCGAUUAGUACCACAAUUCACAGAUACCGCCAGGUCGCGUCCUGGUAAGAAUGGAUCUGCGAGAAUAGCAAAAUCGACAGAUCCCCACACGCGCAAGCGACUGCUAGCCCAAGAGCUCACUGCUCCCCCAAUACCUUGGCCAUCUGCCAAGGCUAAUGUCGCUGAUAUCAACGGUCACCCAUUAGUUCCAGAUGCGCAAGACUUGAUUGGUUUUGUGACAAGCGGAUCAUUCUCGUUGAGCGAAGGUCGGGGGAUAGCUGUGGGUGGUAUCGCUGUAUCAAAGGUCUUGGAUGAUAUGCGGGAGGACCGCACCCAGGGUGCUCUCUGCAUUGUGAGGAACGCGGGGGAAAGUGUAGGCCGAAUUGCUCGGUGGGAGAUUAUCUAA